AUGGGGAGAGUAAAGUUGCAAAUAAAGAGAAUCGAGAAUACAACAAAUAGACAUGUGACCUUCUCAAAACGUCGAAAUGGACUGAUCAAAAAGGCAUAUGAGCUCUCCGUUUUGUGUGAUAUCCCGAUCGCUCUCAUCAUGUUCUCACCCUCCGGCAAACUCAGUUAUUUCUCAGGGAGAAGAAGGAUUGAAGAUGUGCUCACCAGAUACAUAAACCUCCCCGAGAACGAUAGAGGAGGGAUCGUCCAAGAUCGAGAGUUCUUGAUGAGGAUCUUGGAAAAACUCAGGUGUGAGAAUGACAUGGCAGCCCUAGCUAAUCCUGGGGUGGUCAACUCCAACAUUGACGAGCUUCAACAAGAGAUCGGUCGAUAUCAGCAACAGUUGCAGCUCUCAAAACAACGAUUAAGAUUCUUUGAGCCCGAUCCUCUCGCCAUGACAAACACGACUGAGCUCGAAUCCUGCGAGAAGUUUAUCAUGGAAGCCUUGCAGCGUGUCACGGCUAGAAAGGAAUAUUUGCUCGGCAACCAAUUGCCUUCCUACGAUCCCUCCACGUCAAGCAUGCAAAUGUACCUCCAGUCGCAGCAGGAGAGACUGGCCAACCCGUACGCCAACGAGAUGGCCGUGCAGUGGGUGCCCGACGCCGUCUCAAAUCACAGUCACCAGAUCUUCGUAGGAUCCGAUCCCUUGAUCGACAUGAGGGAGCACGGGAUGUACGAGGCAAUCCCCCACCAAAACAUGGGUCUGCAGGUGGAUCCUUGCUCGACCGGCUGCCAUGUCAGCGAUCAGCAGGAGGCGUCAUGGCACCAGGCUUACAACUCCACGGAGCUCCUGUCUGCCCUCAUCCCAUCGCCUCCAUACCCCCUCAUGCAGAACUCGAUGGGGACGAGUGAGAUGCCGGGGAUGGUGCUGCAUGAGCAGGUGGAUGCAGCAAUGGCGGCGAGCUGCUCGCACGCGCAGAUGGAGGCUGUGGACUCUGUGCACGCUGGCGCGUACGAUGGCAGCUCGACUCAGAGCCAUUGCGGGUCGUGUGGCUGCUCGAUCGGUUGA